CGUUGAAGUCUUCCCCUCUCCACCUCGCUCCACUCUCACCCAUUCCAGAAUGGCGAUCUCACCAGCUCUCCUCCUCCCUCUCCUCCUCUUCACAACCUUCCUCUCCGUCUACCUCCACCACUCCACCGCAGACUCCUAUUCUGACUCCGACUCCGACUCCGAGACCUCUGACCUAGUCACCGAACUCCUCUACCUCCGAUCUCAAUCCAAAUCCGGCGUCAUCCACUUAAACGACCACAUAGUCUCCCGUUUCUUAACCUCCACCAAAACCCCUCGCCCUUACUCUCUCCUCAUCUUCUUCGACGCUAAACACCUCCACUCCAAAACCGAACUCCAUCUCCAAGAUCUCUACACAGAAUUCUCCCUCUUAUCCUCCUCCUUCAUCUCCAACAACGAUGCGUCGUCUGCCUCCUCCCUCUUCUUCUGCGACGUCGAAUUCAAAGAAUCCCAGAACUCAUUCGCCCUCUUCGGCGUCAACUCCCUUCCCCACAUCCGUCUUGUGGGGCCCAAUGUCAAGAAUCCGAAGGAUUCAGAGCAGAUGGACCAAGGUGAUUUUUCGCGGAUGGCUGAAUCAAUGGCGGAGUUUGUUGAAUCCAGGACAAAACUGACUGUGGGUCCCAUUAAUCGGCCGCCGAUGUUGUCCACCAAUCAAAUCGCUUUCUUGGGAGUGAUUUUGUUGAUCUGGGCCUUCUUUUUUAUCAAGAAACUUCUCACUAAAGACACUUUCUUGCAUGAUUGGAAAGUUUGGCUGCUCGGCGCAGUGUUUGUUUACUUUUUCAGUGUUUCUGGUGCUAUGUUUAAUAUAAUUAGGAAAAUGCCGAUGUUUUUGGUAGAUAGGAAUGACCCGAAUAAGCUGGUGUUUUUCUAUCAAGGGUCUGGAAUGCAGUUAGGAGCAGAAGGUUUUGCGGUCGGGUUUUUGUAUACGAUUGUUGGCUUGUUGUUGGGUGUUGUUACUCAUGUUCUUGUGAGAGUGAAGAAUAGGACGGCGCAGCGGUUUGUUAUGGGUGUUUCGUUGGUUAUUUCGUUUUGGGCUGUUAGGAAGGUUGUUCAUUUGGAUAAUUGGAAGACUGGUUAUGGUGUUCAUGCGUUUUGGCCUACAAGUUGGAGUUGAAGAAGUUGUUUUGAGUUUGGAGGGUAAGAGGUUAUGAACAUUUUGCUGCUUUUGUUGAAGUAAGCUGGUAUAAGAAUCUGAUUUAUUAGUGUACCCUUACAAGAAUAUGAGUACUGAUUAAUGCUUGUUUUUACGCAAUGUAGCUGUUUGUUAAAGGAUUUUGUUUAGGGCGAUUGGAAUUUUAAUGAGUUUACCCUUAAAAUGAUUCUGAUAUGCUUAGAACUGAACUUGAAAUUACAAUAUAAGUGGCAUGAAAUUCCAGGA